CUUCUAUGCAACGUCACAGGUUUGAUACAAAAAGCCGGAUGCCGAUUGCCGAAACCAACCAGAAGGUUCUGGAAGGCUCUUGCAGCUGAGAGAAGAUUAAAUUCUGUAAUACUAUAGACUCUAAAGUGAAAAUGGUAAAGGAAACAGAGUACUAUGACAUGUUGGGUGUCAAACCCAAUGCAAGUGCAGAGGAACUGAAGAAAGCCUACAGGAAACUGGCUCUAAAAUAUCAUCCAGACAAGAAUCCCAAUGAAGGUGAAAAGUUCAAACAGAUUUCCCAGGCCUAUGAAGUGCUCUCUGAUUCCAAAAAAAGAGAGCUGUAUGACCGUGGUGGGGAGCAGGCCAUUAAAGAUGGUGGCACAGGAGGCAGUAGCUUUGGCUCACCGAUGGACAUCUUUGACAUGUUCUUUGGGGGAGGUGGAAGAAUGCAUAGGGAAAGAACAGGAAAAAAUGUGAUUCAUCAGUUGUCUGUAACCCUGGAAGACCUUUACAAUGGGUGCACAAGAAAACUUGCACUUCAGAAGAAUGUGAUCUGUGAUAAAUGUGAAGGACGUGGUGGCAGGAAGGGAGCGGUGGAGUGCUGUCCUAGCUGUCGUGGGACAGGAAUGCAGGUGCGCAUUCACCAGAUCGGACCCGGCAUGGUGCAGCAGAUCCAGUCAAUCUGUACAGGGUGUCAUGGCCAGGGGCAGCGCAUCAAUCCCAAAGACAAGUGCAAGACCUGCAAUGCAAGAAAGAUUGUGCGGGAAAAGAAGAUACUGGAAGUUAAUAUUGACAAAGGUAUGAAAGAUGGACAGAAGAUCACAUUUGCAGGUGAAGGAGAUCAGGAACCAGGGUUAGAACCUGGAGAUAUAAUCAUUGUCCUGGAUCAAAAAGAGCACCCAGUUUACACAAGACAAGGAGAAGACUUGCUUAUGCACAUGGACCUUCAGUUGGUAGAGUCACUCUGUGGCUUUAAAAAGCUUAUCACAACACUUGAUAACAGAACUAUAGUUAUAACAUCACAUCCAGGUCAGGCAAUCAAACCUGGUGAACUCAAAUGCAUUCUGAAUGAAGGGAUGCCAACAUACCGCAGGCCGUAUGAAAAGGGUCGUCUCAUCAUUCAGUUCAAGGUUGUCUUUCCAGAUAAGAAUUUUAUCCCACUGGAUAAACUGAAGCAGUUGGAAAAGUUGCUUCCCAAAAGGCAAAAGACUGAAUCCAUUGAAGAUGUGGAGAUAAUGGAGGAGGCUGACUUGGAGGAUUUUGACAUGUCCCAGGAAAGAAGGCGGCAUUAUAACGGAGAGGCUUACCAUGAUGAUGAUGAUGAUGAGGACGAUCACCAGAGGCGAGGCGUUCAGUGUCAGACUUCUUAAAACAAAAAUGGCCUUCCCUCUUAAUCCAUUACUUUCUUUAAUUUGCUGUCUUUUUUUUUUUUUUUUGAAUUACGAAGCAGUUGCCUUCCGUGUCUCCAUAUAAAGUGUUUUCAUUUCAAUCCAGAUGCAUGUUUCUUAAUAAUGAAAAUGAUGCUCCCAAUAAAGUGGAGUGGUUAACAAAAUCUGGAAGUGUAGAAUAGUUUCCUUUUCACAUCCACAUUGCUGGUAAAAGGUAUGUGAACUGUACAACCUUUAAUUUAUUGUCAGUCAAAAUGCAUGGACUUAACAUGAGUCAUGUCCCAUGUUAGUGUUGCUCCACCAUAUUGACCAUAUUCAUCUUGAAGAGCAAAUGUAACUUCAAGAAUGUUUGUUUUGUUUUUAAAAUGCAGAUCUGUUUUAUAUAUCUAAAAUGAGGUUCAUCAACUGGAAUGGACUUGCAAUUGAAUGUUUAACUUCUUUUAGAAAGUGUGUUUUUUUUUUUUUUUUUCUGUAAAUAUGGCAUUUUACUUUACACCCCUGGAUCAGGGGGGCCAGAACCAUUAUUUACUGUUUCUAUUUGUAUAUAUUUAUAAUUAUAAUUAAACCUGAUAACUGCAAUUGAAAUCCA